UAUAAACAGUAUACAGACACAGAAGCACAGUUGAGUUUUUUGCUCACACCUGUGAGUCGUGACCUGUCCUUACAGAGUAGCUUCCUUUCAUUACAGAAACUAAACUGUUUAUUUAAGUGAAACAAACAGAAAAAAAGAUUAGAAAAGGAAAUUUUUAAGAUCUGUCUAGUGAUUAUGGAGUAUGAAAGAAUACAUAAAGUGCAGAGUGGCAUAAUAUCUCCCACAAAGCUGAGGAUGAAGCUGAUGGGAGCUCAUUAUGGUAGGAAGAAGGAUGGAUCAAACAGUAAUUCUUCAAGAACAUCUCCUUCUAAGCUUGAAGAUUCUGAGUUUUUUAAAAAUAGCUUAUUAGCCUCCAAUGAUGAGGAAGUUGGAGCUCCCAGCUUAGAACUUCCACCCAUGGGUGAUGCUUUGGUUGACUCCAGUCAAAUUGAACCGACGUCUUCCCAGCUGAAGGAGACCUUCCCAAAGGAAAACGGCAACAUUGGUCGUUUUAAGCUGCAGCAAUUACAUAAGGCUGAAAGUGCUAAUUCAAGUGCAGUUCACCCUAUGAGGUCACUAGAAGAUGAGAACCUUGAUUAUGAUAGUAAUGCAAGUUCGUCGAGUUUUGAGUUUCAUAAGGAGCGAUCUGCACAUAAUCAAUUUACGAGAUCAUUUUCUAGGCCUAUGUCGUCUAAGUGGAACGAUGCGGAAAAAUGGAUUAUAAAUAAACAGAAUGUGCAUCCUAAUUUUUCUAAGAAGAAUGGUUUUCAGAACCAAGGUAAUCGGAUUCAAGGAUUGAGUUUGGCAAGGGUUGCUCCGGAAUCAGCGAAUCAUGAUCUUAAGCUAUCACUUAGUAGAAUGGUAGACACUAAACGCGUCGAUUCCUGUCAGCCUGCUUCACAAAUGGCAUUGGAGAAGUUUUCUUUUAAUCCCCCUGAAGAUGUUCUCACCAAUCAAUGCACUCACAGUAAGGAUUUGACUGAAGUGGACGGAAAAGAACUAGCUAUAAGAAAUUCGGCAGAAGAUGCAACAGAUCAUCCAGUGAUAAGAUCUGUGUGCAUGAGAGACAUGGGCACGGAAAUGACCCCUAUUCCGAGUCAAGAGCCUUCCAGGACGGCUACACCCGUCGGUGCAACAACUCCGCUCCGGAGCCCAAAUUCUUCAAUUCCAUCAACUCCCCGUGGAGGGGCGCCGACGUCAACACCCAUGGAGUUUGGCACGGAUGAUGACACGCAAAAUAAUUAUCGCGAAAAUGGCAAAAAGGAGUUGACGGAGGAAGACAUGAAACUAAAGACAAGAAGAGAGAUUGUAGCCCUUGGAGUCCGGCUUGGCAAGAUGAAUAUUGCUGCUUGGGCGAGUAAAGAAGAUCAGGACAAGAAUACAUCAUCAGAUGAAAAGACUAACGCAGAGGAGCUCGAUCGUAUUGAAUUUGAGAAGCGUGCAGCUGCAUGGGAAGAAGCGGAAAAAUCUAAACACGCAGCAAGAUAUAAACGUGAAGAAAUCAAAAUUCAAGCAUGGGAAAGUCAGCAGAAAGCUAAACUAGAAGCAGAGAUGAGGAGAAUAGAGUCGCGAGUAGAACAAAUGCGAGCCCAAGCUAAAGCAGCGAUGGUAAAGAAGAUUGCUAUGGCUAGGCAAGGAUCGGACGAAAAAAGAGCAGCAGCAGAAUGCAGGAAAAAUAGAGAUGCAGAAAGAACGGCAGCUGAAGCAGAAUAUAUUCGACAAACAGGACGAAUGCCAUCGUCGAAUUACAUGUGUUGCGGUUGGUUGUGAUCAUAAUGAAAAAACAGAAAAUAUUGAAGUAGAAGGAAGUUGUUCAUCUUCUCAUCGAAGCAUUCUUGUAGGUUGUUUUCGAGUUUCGUAAUCCGAGUGUUUGUUCCCUUGUAACUGAUAGAAUGAUCUAAAAUUGCAAAUCAAAUUUGUGAGAGAAGCUGGCUGAUAAGAGAAUAUAAUCCGAUGAAUUAGUGAAUAAAACUAAGCUUGAUAUGUAAUGAACCUCAAGAUUUCAGCUCAA